AUGUAUACAACUUCUAUUUCUAAUUUCACUUGCUUAACUUUCAUUAUAAAUCUCUCUCUCUUCUCUCUCUCUCUCUCUCUCUCUCUCUCUCUCUCUCUCUCUCUCUCUCUCUCUCUCAUUACUUUUGCUAGGUUUACAAUGUCUCUAUUACCUCCUACCCUUUCUAUUUCUACACUCCCACUGUGUCUUUCCUCCUUUCUUAUUGACCUCUAUGUUCACAUUCUCUCUUUGCUCUCUCUCUUUCUCUCCUUCUGUUUGUUUCUUUUUUCUAUUGCACACCUCCUCCCCUUCUUCCUCACCCUCCUCCCUUCGAGGUCUCUCUUUUACCCAAUUAUACUGGCACACAUACUUAUUUCUAUCUCUUUCCUUAUUUGUCUUCUUCUUUCCUAUACUCUCUCUGUCACUCUGAACACCUAUCUUCUUUACUUUGUCAUCAAUAGAUAUUUUAUUCACUUUCACUCCCUCUCUACUUCAUCUAUACACAAAUUCCUCCUUCCUCUUCCCUCCUUCAAUUCCUUCUCUCUCUCUCUCUCUCUCUCUCUCUAUGCUACCAUCCACUCUCUCUCUCUCUCUCUCUCUCUCUCUCUCUCUCUCCACCCCCAAUCUAUUUUGCAUAAACAAAUCUUUUUCUUCAUCAUAUUCUCUCCUAUUAUUUCUUUUAAUUUAUUUAUCUCUCUGUUCCAAGAGAUCUUUCCUUUCCCCCUCUUUAUCCUUUCUCUCCCAUAUUCUCUCUUUUGCUAUCAGCCAUUUUCUCUUUUAGACACAUACCCACUUUCCAUCUCUUUUCUCUCCCUUGCUGUCUCUGUCCAUCUCAUCUUUUAUCUCAACCUUUCUAACUCAUACAUAGCCAUCUCCACUGUUAUCUUCACUUUCUGUCUCCUUACUUCCAUUAUCAACCUUCCUCUCCUUUUCAUGCAACCCUCCUCUUCUCUGUCAAUUAUUAUAACCAAUCUCAUCUGUACAUACACACACAUACAGGCAAAACAUCAUUCUUUCCUGUUUCUCUUCCUCAACCCCUACCUACACGUUUUCUUCCACCACUCAUCUUCCCUGCCCUUCUGUCUCCUUUUCCUUCCCUACUGUCUUUUCACCACCUCCCCCUACCGUUUCAGACUUUCUCUUUUAUCUGUUUUGCUUGGUGCAAUUCAUCUUCAUGCCAAUCUUUUUCAUUCUUUUUCUUGCUGGCUCACUCACUCACAUGCUUUGCUUGCUUGCAAAGGUUUCCAUCAAUAUUAUCUCCCCUCACUUCCAUCUGCCCUUCUUUCAACCUCACUCCCCUUCCUUUCCUCCUUCACUGCUGUUGCUUCCACCUCCUUUUAUUUUAUUUCUCCUAUCACCACUACUCCUCACUUUUCAGCCACUACUGUAUUUUUCUUCUUUUUUUUACUUGUUUUUCUCUUUCUUUUCUCUCCCCUUCUCUCUCUUACACAUGAACAUGUGCUCUCCUUAUUUCCUUUUUCUUUGGCCUUCGGUUGUUUUCUUUCUUCUUUGUCUCAUAUUCACUCUUUUCCUUCACUCAUUCUCUUUUCCAAGAACCUGUUUUUCAUUCUGCCUUUAUUUGUCUCUCUUUUUUUUUUAUUGUUUUUAUUUUUUCAUUACUCUCCUUUUCUUUCUUUAAUUCUCCUUUUAUCUCUUCUGUCCUUCUCCCUUCUUUCUAACAUUCUGUUCUUCCUCUUGUGUUUAUUCUUCUCUACCUUCUUCACUUUCUUUUGUUCUUCCCCUUCUCUCCACCAUUCCUUCAUUUCUCCUCAUUUCAUAUUUAUCAUUUCUUUUUAUUCUCCUUUUUUUUCUCCCUUUUUCUAA